AAAUAAAGGGUCAAAAAAUUACAUCUAUAAAUAAGUUUCAUAAAAUUAUAAUUAUUAAGAAAUUUUUUAAAAUAAUUAGAAUGAUUUAUAUAUUUAUUACUUUUUUUCCCUUGAGUGAUUUAUCUUUUCCACUUAAGAGCUGUGUCAACCUUGGGAGUUCAAGGUUUCGAAAAAUAAGACCUUGGAAGCUAAGGCUUAUGUAGAUUACUUUUAAAAAAGAAAAGUUAAGGAAUGUGGAUUACUUAUUAGUUAAGGCGUUCUAUUUAAUAUUUAUGCAGUUUGAACCCAUUGAAAAUCCAUUGCUUCCGUGGUCUCUUCUCAAAUCAAAUAUUCUUCGCCACCUAACCUCAAUUCUUCCAUUCCCAUCAAGGUUGGACUGUUGUUCGGUGGAUUUCAGAGGAAUUUUAUGCUCAGUUUUUGUGGGCUUGUUUGGACCAUCUAAACAAGAAUGGGGAGCCAAUCUAUUAAGUUGAAGGCAGUAAUAGACAAGGAGAAAAACAGAGUAAUACUUGCUGAAUCUGAAGGGGAUUUUAUUGUUGUUCUCCUCAGUUUUUUGACAAUGCCUAUGGGAAAGAUCAUCAGGCUCACACAUAAUCAACUUCCAAGCCUUGGUUGCAUGAAAAACUUACGUGCAAGUGUUGAAAAUCUUGAUGUCAGGCGUUUCGGGACUCAAGCAUGCAAGGAAAUGCUUCUACAUCCUCAGAGUGGGGCUGCAACUCACUGCAAGUACCUGAAAUUGAAAAUUGAUAACACCAUGACCGAGCCUCUAAGCUUCUUUUAUUGCGGGAACGAUGAAUGUGUGGCAUCUAAGCACAAGUUAUCUAGUCAUUACAGUAGUAGCUUUUGUGAUUGUGGAGAGUCCAUGAAGUAUUUGUUAUAUCAGUUGCCUAAUGCUGAGUCAAAUAAUAUCGUUGUUUCUGAUCCUCGAGAUGAAGGGGUGUUUGUUAGAGGACUGACCCGACUUAUAAUAAGUGAUGAAUUACAAUUGAUGCCCCCAUCAACUACGGCAAGCUUCUCUUUGUGUGCCAUGCGUGGAGUCAUGGAUGCAAAUACUACUGAGGAAAGGACAUUUGAUAUUCGAGUAAAUGAGGCAAUUACUAACGUUUUGAAUUUGCUGAAGAGCACCUUGGUAUCAAAUACACCUUUGACAGAUACUCUAUUGAAGCAAAAACAAGUGACUGAAUGGAAGGAAAAUUUAGGUGGAGGCCUAAGGUCCUUCAUCAAACAGGAGAUAGGAGAACACGCAACUGAAGGAAGUAGUAAGAUUUGUGUCAGGCUCAUGCUUAGCAAAUCCAAGAAGAUGAUCUAUAUAAUGGUGUUGAGGAACUUCAUACUCAGAAAUACUUCCAAGUCAAAUGACCAAAAGGAGACUCUACUUAAUCCCAAGGUGGCAUCUGGUUUUGGCUACAAGAACCAGCUACUAGGUGUAGGUGUGGAGGCAGUUAAUCAGCAGUGCUAUUGGUUAAGAAAUUUUCCUCCUUCUAUUCGUACUCAUAAACCAGCUGGCGGGACAUUUACUACUUUAACCAUGAAAGAUCCUAAAGCACCACAUUACAAGGAAGCUAUAAGCAAUGGAGGAUUUGUGUUGGGACCUGAAACGUUUAUAGUAACCGAUGAUCUGACAGUAACACUAUCCCCUGUCUCAGUUUUGUCUAUUCUGAACAAAUUGAAGGUAACUUUCAGCGACAUCGAAGAGCGCAUUGUAUAUGCGGGCAAUAAGGAGGCUUUACAACUCCUGAUAGCUUCUUAUAUCUCCGAAUCUGCUCUAACUGAUACUUUUACCCCCCAAAAGGCUAAAACAAGAAUAUUGAAGGCUUGA